GGCGUCGCAUUUCCAGAUAUGGCAUUGGACGACGACAUCGAGCGCGUGCAAGAGGAGCGGCGGCAGAAGCAGCAGGAGCUCGCCGCGCUCUCAGCUGUAAGUUUCGACAAUGAUCUGUACGGGGACAAGAUGGAGUAUGUGAAUUCCAUCGCCACGACCGAGGAGGAGGAGGAUCAGGACGGGAAUGAGAGGGAGAAACAGGUUAGCGCAUCGCGUAGGCAGCUCAGCUCGUACACCGCGCCCAAAUCUGUGCUAGCGGAGAUGCCACGCGGAGAAGUGACAGACGAGGAGCUGGGGUUUAGGAAGCCGCAGCCCAUCGCGGCGAGGGAGGAUGACUACCGCAAGUCGAGGUUUAAGAGAGCUCUCUCGCCGGACAGGAACGAUGCCUUCGCCAUGGGGGAUAAGACGCCAGCUCCCACGACCAGGACUUAUGCCGAGGUGAUGAUGGACGAGAAGCUCAAGCGGGACAAGGAAGAGACUCUCCGGGCAAUCGCGAAGAAGAAGCAAGAGGAGACGGAGAAGAAAGUGAAAGAGGAGCCCUCCGAGGCUCCGACGAAAGCGCAGCUGUCGUCCGCGGCUGCUGCUGCUGCUGCCGCUGCCAAGCGGAAGAACAGAUGGGACUUAGCGAAGGAGGAGGAGGAGUCAAAGAAGGCCAAGAUCUCAGAGUGGGACGCUCCCGAUGCUCCAACCCCAGCUCCAAGCCGCUGGGACGCGACUCCUGCUCCGGGGAAAGCUGCGUCCGCGGAUGCGACUCCUGUAACUCCAAGGCGGAACCGGUGGGACGAGACGCCUCGACCUGGCGGUGGUGUCACGCCUGGUCCUGGCGUGGCGUGGGAUGCUACACCCAGCAUUGGAGGCGUACCGGGAGCCGCCACUCCCAAGAAGCAGCGUUCUCGCUGGGAUGAGACACCUGUUGGAAGUGCUCCUUCAAUCCUUGGAGCUACACCUCUGGGAUACACUCCGGGGAUCACACCGAUGGGAGGUGCCGACCUUGCGACUCCUACUCCAGGACAGAUUGCUCUGCGAGCGGCAACCAUGACUCCGGAGCAGUACAACAUGUAUCGGUGGGAGAGAGACAUUGAGGAGCGGAAUCGACCGCUUUCGGACGAGGACUUGGACGCAAUUCUUCCGACCGAGGGGUACAAGGUACUCGAAGCUCCUGCGUCCUACGUGCCUAUUAGAACUCCGGCGAGGAAGUUGCUGGCGACACCGACGCCAAUGGGUGGCACGCCUUUGUACUCUAUUCCGGAGGAGGAUCGCAACCAGCAGUACGACGUGCCGAAGGAAACCCCGGAGGGCCUGCCAUUUAUCAAGCCCGAGGACUACCAGUACUUCAGUGCUCUGCUGCAAGAGAAAGAGGAGCAUGAGAUGUCACCUGAAGAAAACAAAGAGAGGAAGAUCAUGAAGCUCCUACUUAAGGUAAAGAACGGUACUCCUCCGCAGAGGAAGACGGCUUUGAGGCAGCUGACGGACAAGGCUCGGGAGUUCGGGGCUGGUCCACUGUUCAACCAGAUCUUGCCACUGCUCAUGUCUCCCACACUUGAGGAUCAGGAGCGCCACCUUCUGGUGAAAGUCAUCGACAGGGUCUUGUACAAACUGGACGAGCUGGUCAGGCCGUUCGUGCACAAGAUCCUGGUGGUGAUUGAGCCACUGCUGAUUGACGAGGAUUAUUAUGCUCGAGUUGAAGGCCGAGAAAUAAUCUCGAAUCUCAGCAAGGCGGCGGGGCUGGCUACCAUGAUCGCUGCAAUGAGGCCCGACAUUGACAACAUCGAUGAGUACGUAAGAAACACUACGGCUCGAGCGUUCAGUGUUGUGGCCUCGGCACUUGGUAUCCCAGCUCUUCUCUUGUUCCUCAAGGCGGUGUGUCAGAGCAAAAAGUCGUGGCAAGCGCGGCACACGGGCAUCAAGAUCGUGCAGCAGAUUGCAAUUCUCAUGGGGUGUGCGGUACUGCCGCACCUGAAGUCACUGGUGGAGAUCAUCGAGCACGGUCUUAACGACGAGAAUCAGAAGGUGAAGACUAUUACCGCGCUCUCCUUGGCUGCUCUGGCCGAGGCUGCCGCGCCUUACGGUAUAGAAAGCUUCGACUCGGUUUUGAAGCCUCUCUGGAAGGGCAUCAGGAAUCACAGGGGCAAGGUUCUAGCUGCGUUCUUGAAGGCCAUUGGGUUCAUCAUUCCGCUGAUGGAUGCAGUCUAUGCGAACUACUACACCAAAGAAGUCAUGGUGAUCCUGAUCCGGGAAUUCCAGUCUCCUGACGAAGAAAUGAAGAAGAUCGUGUUAAAGGUGGUGAAGCAGUGCGUGAGCACCGAGGGUGUGGAGGCGGACUACAUCAAGACAGAGAUACUCCCGCAGUACUUCAAGUUCUUUUGGGUCAGGAGGAUGGCAUUGGACCGCAGAAACUACAGGCAGCUGGUCGACACGACCGUGGAAAUUGCCAACAAAGUUGGUGUCUCGGACAUCGUGAGCAGGGUGGUGGAAGAUCUCAAGGACGAGAGCGAGCCGUACAGGCGGAUGGUUAUGGAAACGAUCGAGAAGGUGGUGUCCAAUCUGGGGGCUUCGGACAUCGACUCCCGGCUGGAGGAGUUUCUGGUGGACGGGAUCCUGUACGCAUUCCAGGAGCAGACGAGCGACGACGCGAACGUGAUGCUCAACGGUUUCGGAGCCGUGGUGAACGCGAUGGGCCAGCGCGCGAAGCCAUACUUGCCUCAGAUAUGCGGGACGAUCAAGUGGCGGCUCAACAACAAGAGCGCAAAGGUCCGGCAGCAGGCGGCGGACUUGAUCUCCCGGAUCGCGGUGGUGAUGAAGCAGUGCGGCGAGGAGCAGCUCAUGGGACACUUAGGCGUGGUGCUGUACGAGUACCUGGGUGAGGAGUACCCGGAGGUGCUGGGCUCCAUAUUGGGCGCGCUGAAAGCCAUCGUCAACGUGAUCGGCAUGUCGAAGAUGACGCCCCCGAUCAAGGACCUGCUACCGCGGCUCACUCCCAUCCUCAAGAACAGGCACGAGAAGGUCCAGGAGAACUGCAUCGACCUGGUUGGCCGGAUCGCGGACCGCGGCGCCGACUACGUCCCGGCGCGCGAGUGGAUGCGCAUCUGCUUCGAGCUGCUGGAGAUGCUCAAGGCGCACAAGAAGGGGAUCCGGCGCGCGACGGUGAACACGUUCGGCUACAUAGCCAAGGCGAUCGGCCCGCAGGACGUGCUGGCGACGCUGCUCAACAAUCUGAAGGUGCAGGAGCGGCAGAACCGGGUGUGCACGACGGUGGCGAUCGCCAUCGUGGCGGAGACGUGCUCGCCCUUCACGGUGCUGCCGGCGCUGAUGAACGAGUACCGGGUGCCGGAGCUCAACGUCCAGAACGGCGUGCUCAAGUCGCUCUCGUUCCUGUUCGAGUACAUCGGCGAGAUGGGGAAGGACUACAUCUACGCGGUGACGCCGCUGCUCGAGGACGCGCUCAUGGACAGGGACCUGGUGCACAGGCAGACGGCGGCGUCCGCGGUGAAGCAUAUGGCGCUCGGGGUGGCGGGGCUGGGGUGCGAGGACGCGCUCAUCCAUCUCAUGAACUACGUGUGGCCGAACAUCUUCGAGACGUCGCCGCACGUAAUCAACGCGGUGAUGGAGGCGAUCGAGGCGAUGCGGGUGUCGCUGGGGCCAGUGAUCGUGCUGAGCUACUGCCUCCAGGGGCUGUUCCAUCCGGCGAGGAAGGUCCGCGAGGUGUACUGGAAGAUUUACAACUCGCUCUACAUCGGGUCGCAGGACGGGCUGGUUGCGGCGUAUCCGAUUCUCGACGAUGACGAGAGGAACAUCUACAGCCGGCCCGAGCUUCAUAUGUUUGUGUGAAAGAGCUUCUCUUUUUCUCUCUCGUUUCUCUCUCGUUUUCUCUCUCGUUCGUUCGUUCGUUCGUUCGUUCUAAAAGUUUGUGUAAGAUAGUGGAUAGUGUGGGGUUUAUAGGGUUUAGGGUUGUGAUAAAUUGAAUGAUAAUAACAACGAAAUGGGUAUUUGGUCUA